AGCGCCGCAGCCGCCCGCAGCUCAGCAGCCCGCCCGGGCCGCGCCCGCCCGCCCGCCAUGGUGUCAUGGAUCAUCUCCAGGCUGGUGGUCCUUAUAUUUGGCACCCUUUACCCUGCAUAUUAUUCCUACAAAGCUGUGAAGUCGAAGGACAUUAAAGAAUAUGUCAAAUGGAUGAUGUACUGGAUUAUAUUUGCACUUUUCACCACAGCAGAGACAUUCACCGACAUCUUCCUUUGUUGGUUUCCAUUCUAUUAUGAACUAAAAAUAGCGUUUGUAGCCUGGCUGCUGUCUCCCUACACAAAAGGCUCCAGCCUCCUGUACAGGAAGUUUGUACAUCCCACGCUGUCUUCAAAAGAAAAGGAAAUCGAUGAUUGCCUGGUCCAAGCAAAAGACCGAAGUUACGAUGCCCUUGUGCACUAUGGGAAGCGGGGCUUGAACGUGGCGGCCACAGCAGCAGUGAUGGCUGCUUCCAAGGUGGCUCGACUCUUGCAUUUUGUCUCCUCUUUGGACCUCAGAGAAGGGCAGGUAACCCCGUGGAGAGGCGUGACUAACUCCAAACUGAUCCAGUCGGGUAGAGCGGCCAGCAGCCACCUCUGCCCACCAGCACAUGGUCUGGAUCCGAGCCAGGUGUCUCUCCUUCCAACACCUGCGUGUGGACAAGGUGCCUUGUCGGAGAGACUCCGGAGCUUCAGCAUGCAGGACCUCAGCACCAUCAGGGGAGACGGCGCCCCUGCUCCCUCGGGCCCCCCACCACCGGGGUCUGGGCGGGCCAGCGGCAAGCAUGGCCAGCCUAAGAUGUCCAGGAGUGCUUCUGAGAGCGCUGGCAGCUCAGUAUGUACCUGCUGCUCCAGCUGCAGGACCUGGAAAGUGGUUGAGGGAGAUGUGAAUGAGGGUGGUGUGAAGGCAUGGGAGCCCCACCAGGUCCAAAACCCAUUGGCGUUUUCUGAUGAGGAGGAAGAGGAGGAAGACCUGCUGGAUUUCAUGUACAAGUAUAAGGCCCCUCGAAAGACGGAGUUCCCCCUGGAGGCACCGCCUAGAAUCCUUCGAUCUCGCUUCAGGAAGAAAAGUACCUCAUCCUUGGCCACUGAAACCACGUGAGUGAGAUGAGCCAACAGCAACGGAUCCACAGAAUGUUUGUUCUCUGCCUUAAAGAGCUACUCACUAAUAACAUAGAAAUCCGCAAGCUGGUGUGCUUUGUGUGUGCAACCUCACAGACACGGCCUUUUCUCUCUCCCCUCUUCCAAGAUUUUUUCCCCCUUCUCUUUAUUUUGCUGGGGAGAGGCUAACGGGAAAGGUAGUGUGUGUGGGGGGUGAUCUUUAAGUCUUCUGAGGUUAACACUUUUCCAGUUGGGUUGUCAUUAGACAGCAGUGUGUUUUUAGCACGGUAAGAGGAUCCCCCCUACACACUUCUGAGAUGUACAUUUGUAAUUUAUUUGUUGCAUACUUUGUUUUUAGUCCUGUAAAUGCAAACAAAGCAAUUUUUUAAAACUUUUUUUGUUCUUGGUACUAAUACUUUGGACUACAAUGUACAUACUUAUGGCUUUUGGCUUAAACUAAUGGACUCGCAAGGGCUGCCAGAGGUUCUGAUAUGUAAGACAACUGCAAAAACAGAAGUGUAAAAAAUUUUUUGAUUCUAGAGAAUGUCUCAGACGUGCUUAUAAAGCUUCCAAAUACAACUCCAGUAAAACAUCCCUUUUCCUGCAGGAUGAUGGUCCAUGUCUUCAGACAGUUGUUUAGUCAAUAUACAGAAAAGUUUAGAAUGAAGAAAAACAGUAUUUUAGUGACAGAGAGGAGUGUAAUAAGGUCAGGAGAACAGUCUAGAAUAAGAGAAGAGUCACGGAAAGCUUGUCUCCCUUUUGGAUUCAGGAUUAGGAGCCUCUGAAUCCUUUGGGAGAUUUACCAUUGCCUGAGGCAGGUGGUCACCCUUGAUGAAACUUCUUGGGGGAUGUGGACUCAGCAGUUGUGAGGAGUCAUUUGAGUGCUUCAGAAGUGCUUGCCGAAUGACUAUUUCUCCUUCAUGGUAACCAGUGCUGUGAUUUUUCUCAAGGUGGAGGAGCCUACAGUCUGAGCACCUUGGUUUAGAGAACACUAAGCAAACACCAACCCAUCAACCAAAACAAAACCAAACCUAGGACUGUGCUUUUUUUCAGAUGUGCUAUAAAAUACAUCUGAGACACAUGUGUAACAAUCAAAACGCUGGGUUCUAGGAAGGUUUCAGAGAUUGAGAUCUUUAAGGAUAUGACUUGCUGCUCAGCUCCAUGGGCAGCUGUGGCUCACGCCCUCCUGUUCCCUUCCUGGCUUGUGCAGAAUGUGAACAAGAGAGAAGUCGCAAGCUCACAGGCACUCCAGGUCUUAAGUGACAUUGUAUACAAGCCCAGAUCAGUUAGUAGGAGAAUCAAGCACUAUCUGAGGGGACUCCCUGCGUAGAUUGAGAAUUUUAUCUGAAAAGACAAAUCUGGUUUAAAUAGCAUUUGGGUCCGAGGUAGCUGCUCUCUCCUUGUAGAGUUGAGCCUAAAUGUAGGACUCGUAUUUUUGUGCUUAGAGUUGGUGUUUUCUUUCAGUGUAAUGCAUGCAGUGGUCACAACCCAGUUACUUAUAAUACUUGGAUUGUGUUUGUUCAUAGAUAUGCCCUGAAGACUAGAGAGUUAGUGUUACGUACCACGUAGAACUUACUGUCAACCAGCUGUAAACAGGCCCAGUUAGACUGUUCCAUUACUGAGCUACACAAACAUACACCGGUGGUCUCUGCUGAUGACAUGUUGGCUGGAUCUUAGCCACUUCAGAAAGGGUUUUACUUGAAGUUGAUUGUUACUAGAUAUGCAUAAUUAAAUCUCUUCUUCCCCCAAUUCCUCUGAAGGUGACUUUGUAAUUUACAAAAGGAUUUAGGAAAAUAAAUCUAAAAGCAAAUUUGUGGUUCAGAGGGCAAAUAGAGGCUGUGUGUUCGUUGUCUGUGCCCCACACCCACCAAUACCUAAACCCCUUAAGGAAGACAGAAAAUCUGUUUGCUUCAAGCUCACCGAAUGGUUUGAGAGGAAAAAUAUACACUUUAAAACAUAUUUACCUGUUUAGUUGGGAGUACCCAGAAUUAUCAGAAACAAGUGCAGAAAAAACUUAAGCAGCUUUUUAGCAACUUUUUGCCAAAAUAAUAAAUGCCUUUAGCAGCAGAGAUUAAAAUCCU